AUGCACUGGAUAUAUUCCACAGUACUCCUAUUAACCGUAGUUCCUAGUCGACUAACUCUGAAUGCAAACCUUCCGAUUCAAUAUGAACUGGCAAACAAUAUAUUGGAGAAUUAUCAGAAAGGAUUGAUACCGAAAGUUAGAAAGGACUCCCCGAUCAAUGUCACGAUGUCAAUACAACUCUAUCAGAUUAUUCAAGUGAACGAGCCUCAACAAUUUCUACUAUUAAAUGCAUGGGUUGUGGAGCGAUGGGUAGAUCAAAUGUUGGGAUGGGAACCUGAAGAUUUUGACAAUGAAACCGAGAUUAUGGUGAGACAUGACGACGUCUGGCUACCGGAUACCACUUUGUAUAACUCUCUGGAGAUGGACGACUCUGCUUCAAAAAAGCUUACACACGUCAAACUGACAACAUUGGGAAAACGACGAGGAGCAAUGGUGGAGCUUUUAUAUCCAACAAUCUAUAAAAUCAGUUGUCUUCUGAAUCUCAGAUUCUUCCCGUUCGACAUGCAGAAAUGUCGAAUGACGUUCGGAAGUUGGUCUUUCGAUAAUAGUCUCAUCGACUAUUAUCCCCGUCACUUCAAGAAUGGACCAAUAGGAUUGGCUAACUUUUUGGAAAACGAUGCAUGGAGCGUUCUCGUGACACAUGUCGAUCGAGUCGAAAAGAAGUAUGCAUGCUGCCCUGUCAACUAUACAAUGCUCCAUUACGACGUCGUCAUUCAACGUAAACCACUCUACUACGUCCUCAAUCUGAUUGCUCCCACCGCAGUCAUCACUUUCAUUUCAAUCAUCGGGUUUUUCACGUCAGUCAAUCCGUUCACCAACUUCUGCAACGUAUCAUCCUCUGUGCACGAUCUUCGCCAAGAGAAAAUCACUUUGGGUAUCACUACACUGCUAUCAAUGUCGAUUAUGAUUUUCAUGGUUUCUGACAAAAUGCCAUCGACGUCGACAUGUGUUCCAUUGAUAGGAUUGUUCUACACACUGAUGAUCACUAUUAUAUCUUUCGGAACGCUCGCUGCCUCAUCUGUAAUCUUCGUUCAAAAAUUGGGAUCCAUCGGUACUCCACCAGCAUCCAACACAAUGAAGUGGACUCAUCGGAUAGCUCCAUUUGUCUGGAUUCAAAUGCCGCUUGUCAUGAAACAAGCGUAUGCAAAGAGAGCAAAAGAAGAGAAACAUCGAAAGAGAAUGGCGAGAAGAGAUAGUAUGUGGAAUAAAGUUUACAAGUUGGCAAGGGAUCACUCAAAGUUAAUUUCCACUUCACAGGAUGGAACACAGAAAUUCAAUCAGAUUUCGGAUUAUAAGAACAAUGAUAUCAAUAUCAUUGACUCGCCGCCAUCGAACAUGGAAGAAUCCGGCACAUUGGAGACAUUUGCAGCUCCAAUGGACACCAGUUACACAGAAUCUCUAAAUAUCCCAGAUCUCAAUCGUGAACCAUCUCAUAAUAGUAUUCACAGUGUCUACAAACCGACGGAAAUCCAACUGUCACCGUUCAAUACUCGAAAUAUAGUCGAGUUAGAAUGGGACUGGGUUGCUGCUGUCCUUGAGAGAGUAUUCCUGAUAGUCUUCACUGUUUUCUUCUUAUUUUCUGCUAUCGGAAUCAAUUUAGUUGGCUGGUUUUACUGGUAUAUGGAGAAAGAAGAUAUUCAGGCUUUCGACUUUUUCUAG